UUUCUUGUGCACCAUAUUAACAAUGCUCAGGAGAUGCAGAUGCGAGAGUUUCAGGUGGCUGAGUGCUGUGCUCCUUUCUCUGGUUCAUGGAAACAACUUCAGUCAACAGUUCCAGGAGAGGCCACCCUGUCAGCCAGGUUUCUACUGCCCUUUGGGGAGCUUUACCCCAAUGCCUUGUCCCAAAGGAACCUAUGGGCCAAUUGCUGGUGCUGUGUCCACUGACAGCUGUCUGAAGUGUCCUCCUCACCACUACUGUCCUAGAACAGGCCUGUCUGCCUCCCUGCCCUGCGGCCCUGUGGCUCAGCAGCCUCUGUCUGGUCAGGAGGCCUGUGUCUGCCCAGGAGAGGGACAGAGUUUCCAGACCAGUGAUGGGCAGUGCCGCUGCACCAUCGGCUACCAACCUGCCAACCAGGGAGAUGCAUGUGUACACAAACUGUACGAUGUCUGUAGAGACGGGAAAACACGCACACAGUAUGGAGACUGCCUGGACAGAAAUCAGUGGUCACUUCAGUGCAGGCAGCAGGUGUGUCAGUCUGCAGAGGACUACAGGGGUUAUGAUGGAGAGCUGGGUCUGUGUGUUUGCAGAGAGCCUCCUGGAAGAGCUGCGUGUGUGGGCCUGUGCAGGACAAGGCCAGCCUCUGAGCUGGAACUCCGCUGCCAGUCCAGUGGAGACAUGGAGUUGAUUUGGAGUUAUGAUGGUCAGGUGUUGAGCGUCUCAGGCAGCGUGCUGGAGACGUUUUUUAAACAGUGGGACUCCCCGGGGACUUCUCUGUGCGGCAGCUAUCUUAACUCCUCACAUGCUGUAUACAUUGUUCAGACAACAGAGGCAGGUUUCUUCGGCCUCCUCGACGGCCUCCCGAAGGAAGUGCAGCAACUGUUUCCUGUCACCACACAGCAGGACACUCAGAGCUCAGCGGGCAUGUCAUAUCAAAACACCAACAGUGAUGAUGGUUUAUUGUCCACGCAACAUAACGAAUUAUUGCUUCAAUGA